AUGUCCAAAUUAACUCCAACUUCCACUUUAACUCUUAAUAAUGGUUACAAAAUCCCAAUCACAGGAUUUGGUGUUUUCCAAACUGAGGUUCAAGAAACCUAUGACAUCGUUUAUAAGGCUUUAGAAACUGGAUAUAGACACAUUGAUUCUGCAAUUUUCUAUCACAAUGAACAACAAGUUGGUGAUGCAAUUCUUCAAUUCUUGAAAGAUCAUCCAGAAUUUAAAAGAUCAGAUAUCUUUUAUACAACUAAAGUUGCCUUUGCUGCUGAUUAUGAAACUGCUAAAAAGGCCAUUCAUGGUUCUUUUGAAAAAGUUAAAGGUUUAGGUUAUAUUGAUCUUUUCUUGAAUCAUUCAUCACUUCCAGAUAAAACUGGUAGGUUGGGAACUUGGAAGGCAUUGCAGGAAGCUGUUGAUGAAGGUCUUGUCCGCUCAAUUGGUGUUUCGAAUUAUGGUACCCAUCAUUUAGAUGAAUUAUAUGGUUGGGAUGGACUCAAAAUCAAACCAGUUGUUAAUCAAGUUGAAUUACAUCCUUGGUUACCAAGAAAGGACUUGCAAGAAUAUGCUAAAAAACACAAUUACAUCUUGGAAGCUUAUUCUCCAUUAACUCAAGCUAAGAAAUUGGAUGCUCCUGAAUUGGUUUCGAUUGCUAAAAAGCAUAACGUUUCAACUGCUCAAGUUUUGUUAAGAUGGUCUUAUGAUCAAGGUUUCUUACCUUUACCAAAAACUGUCAAUCCUAAAAGAUUAUUGCCAAAUUUGACCGUAUUGGAUGAUGUUGAAUUGGACCAAGAAGAUUUAGCCAAUCUGGACUUCCCAGAUAGUUAUGAAGUUUUAACUUGGGAUCCAACUACUUUCCAUGAUGGUGAUGAAUUUAACUACCCAGGUUAA